AUGGCAUUCAGGAGAAAGGCAGGUGCGUGGCUGGCGGGGCCCUGCCUGUCCCUGAGAGGGCCACGGACACUGGGCACCAGAGCCGCUCUGGCCCCCAAGGCAGUGCUGCCCUUCGAAGCCAUACCCCAGAGUCGCUCCAACACCUGGAUGAAGACACUGCAGAUCUGGAAGGACCAGGGCUAUGAGAACCUCCACCUGGACAUGCAGCAGAACUUCCAGGAGCUGGGGCCAAUUUUCAGGUAUGACAUAGGAGGGACACCAAGGGUGUCUGUGAUGCUGCCAGAGGACGUGGAGAGGCUGCAGCAGGUGGAGACUCUGCACCCACGCCGGAUGUGCCUGGAUCCCUGGCUGGCCUAUAGGCAUCACCGUGGGCACAAAUGUGGCGUGUUCUUGCUGAAUGGGCCCGAAUGGCGCUUCCACCGAUUGCGGCUGAACCCAGGAGUGCUGACCCCAAAAGCUGUGGAGAAGUACCUCCCCAUGGUGGAUACAGUAGCAAGGGAUUUCACCCAGACCCUGAAGAAGAAGGUGCUACGGAAUGCCCAGGGGGGCCUGACCCUGGACAUCCAGCCCAGCAUCGUCCACUAUUCCAUAGAAGCCAGCAACCUAGCACUUUUUGGAGAGCGGCUGGGUCUCUUUGGCCAUAACCCCAGCCCAGCCAGCCUGAACUUAAUACACGCUCUGGAGACUAUGUUCAAAUCCACUGCCCAGCUCAUGUUCAUACCCAGGAGCCUGUCCCGCUGGACCAGCACCAGGACAUGGGAGGAGCACUUUGAGGCAUGGGACUGCAUCUUCCAGUAUGCCAACAACAGCAUCCAGAAAAUCUAUCAGGAACUGGCACUCAACCACCCUACACACUACAGUGGCAUUGUGGCAGAGCUGCUAUUGCAGGCAGAGUUGUCACCAGAUGCCAUCAAGGCCAAUGCUAUUGAUCUCACAGCAGGGAGUGUGGACACGACAACCUUCCCCCUGCUGAUGACACUGUUUGAGUUGGCCAGAAACCCCCAGGUGCAGCAGGCCCUGCGCCAGGAGAGCCUGGAAGCUGCCACUAGCAUCACUGACAAUCCCCAGAGGGCAAUGGUGGAGCUUCCCCUGCUGAGGGCAGCCCUCAAGGAGACCCUGAGACUUUACCCCGUGGGCGUCAACCUGGAGCGACUCCUGCCCUCAGACGUGGUGCUGCAGAACUACCACAUCCCCGCGGGGACACUGGUCCAGGUGUUCCUCCCUUCCCUGGGUCGCAACCCCGCCUCCUUCCCGAGGCCAGAGCGCUAUGACCCCCAUCGUUGGCUGGACAUCAAGGGUUCCAGCACAAACUUCCGCCACCUGGCCUUUGGUUUUGGCGUUCGCCAGUGUCUGGGGCGGCGCCUGGCAGAGGUGGAGAUGGUGUUGCUGCUGCACCACGUGCUGAAAAACUUCCUGGUGGAGACUCUAAACCAGGAGGAUGUAAGGAUGGCCUACCGGUUCAUACUGACGCCUACCACUGUCCCCAUCCUCACCUUCAGGGCUGCCAACUAGCCUCGCCUCCCCACCGAGGGUUCCAGCCUCGCCACCAGGGUCCCUCUGCCAGGGCCCCAGGCCACCCUGUUCUCUCCCUGUGCACUGCGUGCUGCCUCACACCACUGUCCAGCUGGCCCCUGCUCACAUGGAACACCUGAGGGUUAGGGUUAGGGUUUUGGGAGGGCCAGGGAUUGCCAGGGAUUGCCAGGCUAUACAGCAAUGCCAGGGCGGCACUGGGGACACUCUUGCCAGCAGGACUCGGCCCUGCCGCCUGUCCCACCUCGCUCCUCAGGCAGGCAGUAUUCCCCCAGAGCUUUGCCCACACACUCCCAGCACACCCUGCAGGCCCUCAUGUUUCUUCCCCAUGCCUUCCUGGCCACUCUCACAACCCCCUGCUGCCGUCUCCCUGUCCCCUCAC